ACAAUCUUCUUAUUAUUUUAGAAUUAUUUUGCCUCGGUAUUACUUCCUAUCGGAAGUGUUCUUCGGUUGUUUAGAUAUGGCUGCCACCGAUAGCAUCCGAGUUGUCGACGAGGAUUAUGUGAGAAGAAUUCACAGUCGAAACCCAUCAGGCCAUUUACAUAAAGGUCAUGGAAUAGUGGCAGCCACAUCUUCAAUCCCAAGUAAAUAUCAAACAAUAGUCACAGACAAUGCUGACAGGAAAGGUUUCACUGCUCAAGCCAAGAGGUUUCAACUAGAGAGUCACUUUACAGAUGCACCAGGACCAGGCAGCUACAUUGGACAUAUAAAAGUUGAUAAUAACAGUACAUCCUUCUCUAAAAAAGGAACUGGUGGAUUUGCAUCAAAGACCAAGAGGCAGACAAGAUAUUUGAUGUCUAAUGCUCCAGGCCCUGGAAUAUAUGCAUUACCAAGUCUGCUCACCACACAGAAAGAUUUUAAUAAAUCUGGAACAACGGGUAACUUCCACAGACCUAUAGCAGUACCUAUAGAAAAUGAUCCAAAACAUGAAAAACCUGCUCCAAAUGCAUAUAAUGUACUGAAGAGCAAGGUAGGGAAGUCAAACAAUGUCACAGCAGAUGCUGCAUUCAAGUCACAAUCAAAGAGAGAAACUAUAAAUCUCAAAGAGGCUUCAAAGAAACCUGCUCCAGGUCAGUAUGAUGUAAAUGAUACGUUGUUACACGAGAAUGUGAAAAUACCUUUCUCUAGUUUUAAAUCAACUUCAAAAAGACAGAUGGCUCCAGAUCCCCCCAAAUUUCCAGGACCUGGUGCAUACAAGCCUGGAGAAGCAGUAGAUCCAGCAAAUAAACAGCUUUUUCCGAGAAAACACUACUUGUGUAUAUCAGCACCUGCCAUGCCAUUGCCGGAAACUCCUCCACCUCCUGGCCCAGGGAGUUACGAUGUUGUUGAUUAUGAAGGACCACCUAGACAUUAUAUGUCUGGAGCAGCGUUUGUCUCCACAACCAGUAGAUGGACUUCUAAUGCUAAAAAUAUAGAACAGCCAGGACCAGCUCACUACAGACCAGUUAAUAUGGGAAGACAGUCAUUCAUUUAUAACGCAGGUGGCAAGUGGAUCUAACUGUUGUCAUAUUUGUCAAGUUCUUGCAAUGUUUGUGGUAAACUUAACUUUAGAUGUAUCCACAGUAUUGGUUGAGUAAUAUUGUCUGCUGAAAACAAGAUGCAUCAACUGUUAAAAAUAGUAUUACAUGUAUAUUGUUUUUAUACCAUUUUGUGAUUUGUUGUUUCAUUCCCGUGCAUUGAAAGUGUCUCAUUUCUAUAUUUGACAGAAUACUUAGAAAAGACAUUAACACAUAUUUCUGUCAUUAUACUCUACUCGACUUUAGAAAAGACACAUACACAUAUUUCUGUCAUUAUGCUGUACACAACGUGAGACAUUGUCUGUCAAAUGCAGUACAUAUCAGUUUGAUCCUUAGGAUGAUGUCUUUUCUCAUCAGCUAUUUGACUGUAGAAAUUAUUUAAAAUGUUGUUCAGUCCACACCUCAGUUUGAUACAAAAAAGUUGUAACUACGUUUCUACAAACUCUUUCUUCCCUUUUUAUAGCUACUACACUGUAUGAGUAAAAGAUUUCACUUAACACAGAAAUUGACAUUUUUUAUGUUGAAAUGUUUAUGUGAUUGAAUAAUGAUCAAUACAUAGUUGGUUGAGAUACUUUUUUUUUCCAUCAGGCAGUUUUUAGUGGAUCUAUUCAAAGAAUAGGUAGAGCUAUUGCACUUUCCUGUUGUGGCAUCUGUCUCAGUUUCCACAUCCUGAUUUGGUUUUUGUAUGUAAGUUAGUAUCUCAGUCAUCACUGGUGGAAAUGGCUUGAAAGCUCACACACUUGUUCACUUUGAUGAUCUGACAUGCACUGAAAAGAGUCCUAUCUAUUUUGCUUUUUUAUUGAUAUAAUUAUAUGCCCCUUUUUCAGUUAAGCAAUUUUUGGUUAAGUUUUUAUGUGUAAGCUAAUAUCUCAGUUACCAUUUCUUGAAAUGGAUUGAAACUUCACACUUUGUCUACUGAUCUGACAUGCAAUGCACAGAUUCAAUUUUUCAUUUGUCCUUUUUGGGUUUUCACACAUUUUAUUUUUUUAAUAAUAGGGAUCAAUAGUCAAGCAUUGCUGUCCUCUGAAAGCUCUUGUUUCUUUUGUUGUAACAUAUCAUGUUAUAUCUAAUUGAUUAAGGUAUUAAACUGUUUAAUUUUUAUAUAAAUGUUAAAAAACUUACUAAUUUAAAAAUGGUUAUAUUUUAUGGUAGUGUUUUUGGCUUAAGCUAAAUGCAUGACUAAGGUACAAUUAUAUCCCAUUUGCAAAAAUUGUAAUAGUUUCUCAUCAGAAAAUUAACCACUUGUACAAGAUAUCAGAACAAGCUUGUAGGUGUGAUAACAUGAAUAUUCAAAACAUUGUUUACCAGCUUCAUGACUUUUUAUGUUGUCAAGAUAUUUUGAUUCCGUAACUUUUCAGAUUUGAAAUCUUGGUGUAAUAAAAAAAAAAUAGGGCAUACAGUGAUAUAAAUAUGCUGUAUACUAUAUGAUCCAGUCAUGAAUUUCAUGUUUAACUUUGUUCUUUCCUAUGGAAAGAUUGUACUUAUUCAAAAGAUACUGAAAUUUGUGAACUUUUUAUCUUUUUCUUAUUUGGGCCUAGCAAAGGGUGAAGUUACUUUCCUGUUUAGUUUUGUAACAAAGAAAGUACAAUCAUGUAUUCAUUUCUUGAUAUUUUUUUUAUUUUCGCUCUUUUUGAGUGACAUUUAUCUAAGUGCAUUAUACAAAUUCCUGAGAAAAUUUUAAAACAACACAAUAGCGGGUUGUUAUUCAUUACAUAGAACUUUUUACAUACAGAUAACAUGAUUUAUUUUUCAAGAGCAUAUUUGCUCUGAAAGUCUGUGAUGAAAUUGUUAAGUAUUUUAUAUAUUCUAUUUACAUUGAGUAUUGUUUUUUUUUAUGUAAAAUGCAUUUGCUUGUAAAAAAUAAAAUUGAAUAAUUAA